AUGUUGAAAGCUGUUAUUCUAAUCGGUGGUCCACAGAAAGGUACGCGCUUUCGUCCAUUGUCACUGGAAAUGCCAAAACCGCUCUUUCCUGUGGCUGGUUAUCCGAUUAUUCAUCAUUUAAUUGAGUCAUGCGCAAAACUCAGUGAAGUUCGAGAAAUUUUAUUAAUUGGGUGUUAUCAACCGAAUGAGGCAUUGUCGCGUUUCAUAGCGAAUGCUCAACAAUCGUUUAAUAUCUCGAUACGAUAUUUGCAAGAAUACACAUCUUUGGGAACAGCAGGGGGUAUCUAUCAUUUUCGAGAUUUAAUCAAAUCAAAUAUAUCAGAAUCAUUUUUUGUAAUAAAUGGUGAUAUCUGUGGCGACUUACCGUUGGCUGAAAUGCUCGAGUUUCAUAAGCAGCAUGCAGAGGGAACAGGUUUUACGAUACUAGGAACAGAGGCAACAGAAAAACAAUCAUGUAAUUAUGGAUGUAUAGCUUGGGAUAGAAAAACAAAUGAAGUUAAACAUUAUGUUGAAAAACCGGAAACAUUUGUUUCUACAACAAUCAGUUGCGGUGUUUUUCUAUUUUCAAAAAGCAUUUUUCAAAUAUUAUCCGACACAUAUAAACAAAAUGAACAAAUCUAUAAUGAAGAAAGUUCAUUACAAUCAUCGUUGUUUGUGAGUGACACUCAAUAUAGUCGUGAAUGUAUCCAUAUAGAAAAAGAUGUUAUUUCGAAAUUAGCUGGAACCGGACGAUUGUUUGUUUACCCAAUGGGUGAUAGAUUUUGGAGUGCAAUUAAAUCAGCUGGUUCUGUUAUCUAUGCAAAUCGUCAUUAUUUGGAAAUGUAUCGUAUGUAUUAUCCUGAGCGAUUAACAGUAAAUUCUGAUGAUAAAAAACACACACCAACAAUCCUUGGAGAUGUAUUUAUACAUCCAACAGCGUGUGUCUCACCAUCGGCUGUACUCGGUCCAAACGUUUCAAUUGGUCAGGAUGCUUCGAUUGGAUCAGGCGUGCGUAUUCGAGAAUCAAUUAUUCUCGGAAGUUGUGUGUUACAGGAUCAUUGUUGUGUGCUGUACAGCAUUAUUGGAUGGAAUUCUACAAUUGGACCUUGGACAAGAAUUGAAGGCACUCCUUCUGAUCCUGAUCCAAACAAACAAUUUUCAAAGAUUGAACAAGAUUCGUUAUUCCAUGAUGGAAAAUUGCAGCCAUCUAUAACUGUCAUAGGUAAUAACGUCAGCGUAUCUGGUGAAGUCAUUUUAUUGAAUGCUAUUGUAUUACCUCAUAAAGAAUUAGGAUCUAGUUCAAAAAAUCAGAUUAUUUUAUAA